AUGGCAUACUCCAAGCGUCAUGGGAAGCAUAUCCUGGAGAAUUUUGGCUUCGGUGAGCGAGGUGAAGGCACCGAUCUUCUUGUUGAGUGCGCCAGAGCGGAAGUCUCCGUCCAAACUGGCAUCUGGAUCGUCAAGCGCGCCGCGGCACAUGCGCUCAGGUCGGAGCUGGACUGGCCGACAACCUGA